ACUGCUUCUCCCAGCCCAUCCAAGAUUCCUCAGUCUGGGAGCAGCACAGGAGAGGAACUGCCUACUGAGGACUGUCGUAGGAACGGCAUGGAGCGCAAAUGGAGUGGCUGGGUCUUGAUCCUUUCUGUGUGCCUGGGCUUCUACCAAGCCGAGGCCAGCCCCCUCCAUGAAUGCGGCGAGCAGCCGGAGGACUGGUGCCGUGACGUGGCGACAGCAGCCAAGUGCGGGGCACUGGAGCUCUGCCGCCUCACCAUCUGGGACCAGGCCCUGGGGCAGAAGGGAGUCCCCUGUCACCUGUGCCAGAUAGCAGUCUCCAUAGUAGGCAAGAUCCUACAAGACAACAGCACUGAGGAAAAGCUGCGGCUCUUCUUGGAUAAGAAAUGCCAGUACCUGCCCUUCCAGGACUGGUCUGUCAAGUGCAAGAGGAUGGUGGACACUGGCAUCCUCAUCCUCGUCCAGCUGGGCAAGCAAGUGCUGUCAGCACCGAAGGUGGUGUGUGGGACCAUCAAGCUGUGCCAGCCCCAGGAGAGCUCCACAGGGGCCUUGAAGUUUCAGGUGCCACUGACAGCUCCCGUGGGCCCUGCUCAGGACUUCACCGACAUGAUUGCCCCCUUCAUCGCCAAUGUCCCCCUCCUGCUCUACCCCCAGGACCCGCCUCGUGGCGAGGCCAAGGGUACGGACGAGGUGUGUGGGCAGUGCCUGCAGCUGGUGACAGCCAUGCAGCUGGAGCUGGGCACCAACGCUGCCUCUGCCCGGGUGCUGGCAGCCCACGCCGAGCAGGCAUGUGAGGGACUGGCGCCUGGCCUGGCACAGCGGUGCAAGCAUCACCUGGCCGAGUACGCGGAUACGGCUGCCCGGUUGCUCCGCUCCAUGCAGGCUGAGGACCCGAUUGAGCUGUGUGGCCAUCUGGGACUCUGCUCCUCCGCCUCUGCACUGCCCCUCCACACACUGCUCACAGACAAGGUGAUGCAAGCCCUGAGUGCACUGGAGGGCGGGGAGGGGACCACCCCGCUGUGCAACGUGUGCCAGUUUGCUGUGAGGACAGCUGAGAGCCUCCUGGAGAACAACGUGACAGAGGAACAACUGGUGAACGACAUUGAGAAGGUGUGCUACAUGCUGCCUCAUAGCGUCAUCGGGCAGUGCAAGGACUUCGUCAACUCCUACGGCAAAGCUGUGGUCAUCAUGCUGCUGGAGGCUACCGACCCGGCGGCUGUGUGCACCAUGUUGCACUGCUGUCCCCGCAGCGAGGGCAGCCCCUCAGGGGCUGCGGCGCUGGAGCAGCUGGCGGUGGGUGCUGGCGCCUUCUGCAACGUCUGCCAGAUCGUCGUCACCUACUUUGACAACGAGCUGCUGAAGAACGAGACGCUGGCAGAGCUGGGGGGUGUGCUGGAGAAGGGCUGUGAGCUGCUGCCCACGCCGCUCACUGACAAGUGUGAAGCGCUGGUGAUGCAGUACGAGCCGGCGGCCGUACGGCUUCUCGUGCAGGUGAUGGAUCCCACCUUUGUCUGCACCAAAAUCAGAGCCUGUGACUCAACCAAGGAGGAUCUCCUGGGCUCAGACCCCUGUGCCUGGGGCCCACACUACUGGUGCAAGAACAUGGCCACGGCAGUUGAGUGUGACGCUGUUGAGCAUUGCCGCCGGCACCUAUGGGACUAGGAGCCUCCUCCCCGGCUGGCCGGGCUCGCCUUGCCCUUGUGGCCCAGGAUCCCAGACCCCCUCCCUUGGGAUGCACCUGCGCCUGUGGAUGGCAACGGCAGGAGCCCACCAGCCUCACCACCCUGGUGAGGGCUGUGAGCUGCCCCAGCCACCUCUGCCACUUCCUCUUCCACUCCUGGGGCUUGGAUUUCCAAAUCAGGUUAAGGGACUCGUUAGUAUUUUCGGGAGUGGGGAUUCAGCCUUGGCAUCUCUCAGGGCAAUUGGAAAACCCUCAAUCCCCACCUCUAUCCCCAUCCCCACCUCUAUCCCCAUUCCAUCUCCACCCCACCCUGAACUGCUUAUAAAGCCCAGAUCCUGCAAGGUGGAUCUGUCUCUGUGGGCUGGGAUCGUUUCUGCUGUCCAGACUCUGGCCCUGGCCACUGGCAGCCCCACAUGGCAGGUCUUGUUGGCUUUUGGCAAGCUCAGCCCUUUGCUGGUCCCUCUGCAAACUGGGCUGGCUUUUUAUUGUUUUUCCUUGUCACCAGUUAAAGGACCCAAGUGGAUCAAAUGUACCUGCAACACUCUGCUUUGCACAACAUUGGCAGGAUGUUAAUUUUGUGUCCAGCUGAUUGCUGAAGAUAGAGAGACAGAUUUUAAGUAUCCCCUGAACAAAAAAGGAGAGAGUUUAGGGACAAAGGUUUCCUUUCAGGCUCACACGCCUGCUGGAGGCCCUGUGCUGCUCUGGUGGUGGCGGUGAGGGGCAGCAGGGCACUGGCUCGUCCCUCCCUGCCAUCAGAGGGGGAUGCCCGGGGCGCCCGGCCCUGAGCGUGCACGGGAUGGAACAUCUCACUACAAAUAAACU